GGCCCCUGUCUCCGCGUUCGGGGCUCAAACGCGGCGCGGCCGGGAGGAGCGGCGCGGCGCACAGGCGGGCAUGGGUUGGAAUUGGAGCCACUCCCUUGACCUGACUACAACCAGCACGAUGUGGUUACUAACUGCUCUUUAUUCACCACUUGAUGCCUCCCAGAAGAAAACGCCGCCAAAGUUGCCAGAAAGCCCAGCUGCUAUUCCACCAUCAACCACUGGAGGGCCCCAAACACCACUAUGGAUCUCCCCAGCUUCCACUCACGCACACUAGACAGGUGCCCAGCAAGCCCAUUGACCACAACGCCAUCACUUCCUGGGUAUCACCUCAGUUUGAUGCAACAGCAGAAAGCUGGUUCCCAGCCAAGCGGAAACGUCAUCACCGAGACCAGGCAAGACAUUCAAGUCGAAAACCAACCACCUCCAAGUUUCCACAUCUAACAUUUGAGAGUCCACAGUCUUCUUCCAGUUCAGCCGCACUUGGGAUCCCCUUAACCAGAGAGUGCCCCAAUCAAUCAGGAAAGGACCCUUCCAGAAGACCCUUAGUUCCAAUGCUUAGUCCCCAGAGCUGGGGGGAGCUGUCAGCACAUGAACUUCAAAACUUGCCGUUUGUGUUCAUUCCACCUGAUAUCCUGACCCCAGAGUCAUCUUCUGUGAAGGAGCGCCCCAUUGACCCAGAUCAGGGAGGAAACAGCCUUCCAGGCUGUUCCCCUCACCCUAGGACCCCCAUGAGCCCGGAGCCUGGGCCUGUUCUGGUGCAAGACACCCCUGAGGAGAAGUACGGGAUAAAGGUCACGUGGAGGAGACGGCGGCACCUGUUCACUUACCUCAGGGAGAGAGGGAAGCUGAGCAAAAGCCAGUUCCUUGUGCAAAACUAACUGGAUUUCUCAAAUAACAGUAAUCUCAAGGAAUUGAUUGCUGGUUUUCAGAGUUGCUAAAGUCACUUUUCUGGCUCACAAGACAGCACAUCAAUAGAAUAAAAUGGAAAUAAUACCAAUAACGUCAAUACAUAAAGAUAUUUUAACUAGAGGCCUGGAGUCAUAGGGAAUUCAAUUCCCAGAUUUGCUUUUUUAUAUAUCAUAAACAGUUUUUAGUCAUAAACCGUUCACUUCAUGUUUUUCUUGUAUUAACUGUUUAAAAUUUUAAAAUAUCUUGUGGGAACUGUUUAAAAUGUAUGUAAGUAAGUGGUUACAGAAAGCUUUUAGAGAACCCUACUUCUGACUGCCCCUCCACAGGCCUUUCUUAAUCGUUUCCUUUAACCACUCCUCGUUAAUCCUUUAGUCACCUCAUUCAAACUAAUUCAUGCCACAUUUCUGAGGACUAACUCUGUGUCAGGCUCAGUGGCAGCUUCCUCUAUGACCUGAUGGAUGGAAAAAAUCAAAACAAAUUCUGUGACUUUGUGUAGCUGCGCCGCGGCCUCUGCAACCUGGCUCAUCUGCUGAGAGGCCAAGAGGAGGAGGGGGCAGCAGGCCUGUGGCAGUGAAUACGGUGGCUCAGGGGCGCUGGAGGGUCAGAGGUGUGUUACUUCCGUUUGCUGUGUUCUUUUACUUCCAACAGAAGAAAUCUCUAAAUAUUAAAUAGGGUGGGAAAAUGAUUUCUUGUAGUAACUGUUUGGAAUGUACGUAAAUAAAUGUGGAAACGUU